GAAAGUGAAGUUCAGAGAUCAGAGCAGCGGCUGCAGGAGACGGGACCCCGAGCAAGAGCCUGCACCCAGAGCAAGACCCUGCACCCCGAGCCUGGGACUGCACCCCAAGCCUGGGACUGCACCCCGACCUGAGCCUGCACCCCGAGCCUGGGACUGCACCCCGACAAGAGCCUGCACCCCAAGCCUGGGACUGCACCCCGACCAAGAGCCUGCACCCCGAGCCUGGGACUGCACCCCGACCAAGAGCCUGCACCCUGAGCCUGGGACUGCACCCCGACCAAGAGCCUGCACCCCAAGCCUGGGACUGCACCCCAAGCCUGGGACUGCACCCCGACCUGAGCCUGCACCCCGACCUGAGCCUGCUGCCCCCUGGAUUUCUGGGGCAUGCAGAGCACCGUCCAGCUGCAGCGCCUGAAGGUUCCCGGAUCCGUGGCGUCUGAACAGAUGGAUUGCAUGCUCCGUGUGUUGCAGGACCUGAAGCGUUCCUCUCCCUCUUCUGCGGAGGAAUCUUCUGCGCCUCCUGCGCGCCGACCCCUGAGGCGCGACAUCCGCUCUUCACAUCGCACUUCGGACUUGUCAGAGGCGGACUCGGCCUGCUGCGUGGAUCUACCCAGCGACGUCUCCCCGGUCAGCUGCGGCCAGCGCGCUCUAGAGUGGGACUCCGGCUACUCGGAGGUGUCCGGGAGCUCCCUGCGCGGGGAGGAGGAGGACGUGGAUGAUGAGGAAGACGUGGCAGCUCCCCCAGUCCUGCGCAGGCACAUUCAGCCGCCAUGUUCUCGCCUGACCUCGGGGGGGCUGCUGCGUUCUAGACAGGAGAGAAUCCGCCCGAAAUCCACGUCGGACGUUUGCCUGGAGCAGUGGGGGGGCAUUGGGGUGGGGAGCGGCUCCCAGGACUGGACGGGGUGUCUGCUGUCCCAGAGCCGCAGCCGCCAGCCGCUCGUUCUGGGGGACAACAGCUUUGCGGAUCUGGUCAAGCAGUGGAUGGACUUACCGGAAAAUGGCAAUGAGAAGGAGCGGCAGACGCACUGGUUACACAGGCCGCACGGAUUCCUGGUCAGCCUGUCCGGUAACGUGAAGAAACGCCUUGGAAACAUGUCCCGGCCGCGCGGCCCCCCGGAGCAAGAGGCCGCCAAACGCCUGUCCUGCCCCCAGCUGGGCUGCCGGACGCUCUCCCCCUUUUACCACCAGUCCCUGUCGGACAUUGCGGAGGCGUCAUCGGGCCUCUUACAUUGCCGCAGUCGGCAGCCAAUCAUAUGCAGUGGUGGACUGUUGUAAGCCGGAGGCGCGCGCCAAUCCUCACCUGUACAGUUCUUAUUAUUAUUAUUGUAUUUUUAUAAUUAUUUUGUAUUAAACCUUUUAUAUUC